CUUGCCCUCUUAUCACUGUUUCAUACAACAAUCCAUUUUCGUCCCUUCAAUAAUAUCACAACAACCUGCAACUUUCUUUCUUUAAAAAAUAUGGCAGAAACAAUUGUCUCUGUUAUUGCUGGGGAACUCUUGAGUAAGGUGAUGUCUCUUACUUCCAAUGAAGUCUCCUUGGGAUGGGGUGUCAAGAAUGAUGUACAAGAGCUUGUUGGCACCUUAACCACCAUCAAAAUUGUUCUCUUAGAUGCUGAGGAGAAACAAACCCAAAAUGAGAAGCUGAGAGUUUGGCUGGAAAAGCUUAAGGAUGUUUGCUAUGAUGUUGAAGAUGUUUUGGAUGAAAUUGAGGUGAAAGAUUUGUGUAAGCAAGUGGUGAAUGGUCAAAGCAUUUCAAGAAAGUUCGACAAACACUCUGCAAACCUUGCGUAUUCUUAGUUGUUCCAACUUGAAGGCACUACCAGAGUCAAUGCAAAAACUUCAAGUUCUUGGGGUUUGGAAGUGUCCUGAAUUGUCAUCUCUACCCAAGGACAUCAAUUAUCUCAUCACUUUGAGAGAACUAAAAAUUGAAGACUGUCCUAAACUGACAGAAAGA